AUGGGCACAGGAGACCUUAACCUUUUGAAAUCAUGGAAUCCACAUCUACUGAAGAACAGAAAGAAAGUAUGGGAAACCGAACAGCAGCUGCUGGAAGAAAACCAGCGUUUGCGUGAAAGGCAACAAGAAAUAGAGAAAGAACGACAGAUAGACGAGCUAACAUCACUUACAAGAGAUGGGGCAGAAAAAAAGAUCAAAAAAUCAGGACUCGACUGGAUGUAUAACGAUGAGCCGGCCACAAGAGAAGCUAAUAAGGAUUUCUUGUUAGGCAAAAAACGAAUAGAGGCGUCCCUACUGAAUACCGAGAAACCACAGGAAGCCUCAACGAGAAAAGUAACAAAAAGUGAUAUAACAAAGCAAGACAACAACUUGAAAAGUCAAAAGACACCCACAAACAAAAACGCAGAAUUAUCCAGAGAUGACCCCUUAGCCGCCUUCCAGAAGGCCCAGCUUUCACACACAAGGAAAAAAGCGAACAAAAUCACCAAACCGGAAUCAAAAUAUUCGAAGGAAACCCCCAAGAAAACACAGAGCUUCAAAUCUUCAAAAACAUCAAGAAACUCAAACAAUGAUAUGGAUUAUUGA